AUGGAAUUUAAGGAGCUCGAUCCCAGACUUUCGCGUGCGCUAUCGAAGCUCAACUUUCAUAAGCCUACCCCGGUGCAAGUUAAAGCAAUUCCUUUGGCGCUUUCCGGGAAAGACAUAUUAGCGAGAGCAAGAACCGGAAGUGGAAAAACGGCCGCAUACUGUCUACCAAUUAUCCAAAAAAUAUUGAAUGCAAAGGAGGCAAAAUCUUCGACGGAUUCUGCUAAAAUACGCUCGAUCAUUCUGGUCCCAACUCGUGAGUUGGCCGAACAAGUCACGAGACACAUUAAUAGUUUCAUAGUAUAUUGUUCGAAGGAGGUGAGAGUGGUCAACAUAGCAAAUACCAUACCGGUGCACUUACAAAAGUCAAUCUUAGCAGAAUCUCCGGAUAUUGUCGUGACAACACCAAGUCGAGCGUUGGCCAAUUUUGAAGCUCAGAAUCUUGAUGUGCGUACCACACUCGAAUCUUUAGUGAUUGAUGAAGCCGAUCUUGUACUUUCCUAUGGUUACGAAGAAGAUGUACAAAAAAUAUUGACCUACUUACCAAAAAUAUUUCAAUGUUACCUUAUGAGCGCGACUUUAACAAAGGAUAUCGAUAGAUUGAAACAUUUACUGUUGCGGAAUCCUGUGAUCCUUACAUUGCACGAAGAGAAUGAAGUUAAUCAGCUCACUCAGUAUUGUGUUCGAUGUUCCGAGAUCGACAAAUUUCUCCUGAUCUAUGUUAUAUUGAAGUUACGUCUUAUCAAGGGAAAAUGCAUUAUAUUUGUGAACGAUAUUGAUCGAUGCUACCGUCUCAAAUUGUUUUUGGAACAAUUCUCAAUAAAAGCUUGUGUAUUAAAUUCGGAAUUGCCUUUGAAUUCAAGAUAUCAUAUCGUACAGGAAUUUAACAAAGGAAUCUAUGACUAUAUCGUGGCAACGGAUGAGGAUGAUUUGAAAGCAGAUCUCGACACUGAAGACGAGAUGAGCGAUGAUGGUGAAUCAUUGAAGGAUGAAGCGCAAGAGGGCUCCUCAUCAAAAGUAAAAUUCACACUUCCAGAUAAACAGCAAAAUACAAAAUCUAAUAUUCCGAAAAAAGAUAAUGAAUAUGGAGUCUCUCGUGGUAUCGAUUUUAUCAAUGUUGCGGCCGUUAUCAAUUUUGAUUUUCCAACAUCCGCAAGAUCAUAUACUCACAGAAUAGGUCGAACGGCAAGAGCUGUUCACAAAGGAAUGAGUUUAAGCUUCGUUGUUCCAAAAGAGUUUGUCGGAAUGCACAAAAAUGUUGCAUGCUCAACGGCAAAACACGACGAAGAGGUAUACCAGCGAGUUGAAAAGCGGCAGUCGAUGAUCGGGGCAACCUUGAAACCAUAUUCAUUUGAUAUGAAACAAGUAGAAGGGUUUCGAUAUCGAACGGAAGAUGCAUUGAGAGCUGUGACGCGUGCGGCCAUCCGAGAGGCACGUUUGAAAGAUAUCAAAUUAGAAAUUCUGAAUUCGGAAAAACUGAAGAGUCAUUUUGAAGAUAAUCCAAAUGAUCUAAAAAUACUGCGACAUGACACAACGAUUCAUCCCGCACGAGUUCAACAACACAUGAAGCAUGUACCCUCCUAUCUAAUGCCAAAGAUCGCUACACCUGUUGCUGUUGGUACUGAUGUCGGUCACAUUCCGUUUCGCAAAACAUCAUCUAACAAUAGAAGACCGAGCAAACGUACCUAUGGAGCAAAGAAACGUAAAGAUGAUCCAUUGAAAUCUUUCAAUUUCAAUGGCUCCAGUGUUAAAAAUAGUGGGAGAAGCAAAAGACAGGUAUUAGGUUGA